AUGGACGAUCUGACGGUGCAAGAAAGCACUCCUUCAGCUGGAAAGUCUUUACGCUUCAAACUUGCGUUCAUUGGACUGGCCAGUAUCGACUUCGUGUUCCAGUUUGAUGCCACGGCGCUCGGUGUUGCUUUGCCCACCAUUGCCAAAGCCCUGAACGGUUCCACCACUUUGUCCCUAUUCGCCAGCAUCAGCUACCUGUUAUGUGUUGUCGUUACAACCCCAAUAUGGACAAGCACAUCAGACGUUCUAGGUCGCAAACCUUUGCUACUGGUUGCCUCUGCCUUCUUCUUCGCCGGAUCGGUCGUCUUCGCUGUCGCACAGGAUAUGCCUACUCUCAUCGUGGGACGAGUCCUUCAAGGUCUCGGAGGAGGAGGGAUCAACGUACUGGUGGAGACCAUUGUGGCAGACAUGACCACGCUGAAGGAGCGGUCUUUCUGGCUCGGCAUGAUGGGAAUACCGAUUGCAACUGGCAAUGUUCUCGGAACUCCACUGGGCGGCGUCCUUGCCAUCGCUGACUGGAGAUGGCUUGGAUGGAUCAAUCUUCCAUUCAUCUGCAUCGGAUUUCCACUGGUGAUGUUCUUCCUACGCCUACGAUCAGUCUCGAAAGGCGACGUGUUGUGGCUUCGAGCCAGAAGUCUCGACUGGAUUGGUAUGCUACUGUCAAGUGGCGGCAUCACUGCAGUCAUACUUGCAAUCAGCUGUGCAGGCGAAAUCUUUGCCUGGAACGCUUGGCAAACACUUCUCCCGUUGCUGCUCGGCGUCAGCGUGCUGAUACUUUUCGUCGCGUACGAGAAAUUGCCGGCUUGUCCCAUCGUACCGCACAGGAUCUACCGGCCGAGGACAGCAUGGGUGACUCUCGCCGGCGGCUUCAUCCAGGGAAUGGCGAUGUUCUCAAUUCUACAGUUCCUGCCUCUCUUCUAUCAAUCGGCUGCACUGCUGUCGGUCCUGGACAUGGUCGUCUACUUCCUGCCCUCCGCAUUCGCCGGCAUCAUUCUAUCCGUGGCUUCAAUGCUGCUCGUGGGUCCUGUUGGAAUCGGCUAUCGAUGGUUCAUCUGGGCAUUGUGGGCGAUAGCAACGCUUGGGACUGGAUUGCUUGCUCUCCUCGGCCCUGGCUCUUCCACCGGAAUGCUGAUCGGGAUUCCGAUCGUCUGGUCUGCCGGAGUGACGGCUCUACGCCUACUCAUGCUGCCAUUGCAGGCUAGUGUGAAAAAUAUCGACGACACCAAUCUUGCCAUUGGACAGCUCCUGACUCUCCGAUUGCUUGGAGGAGUAUUUGGCCAGGCAAUUGCGUCUAGCGCAUUCGGCACCUCGUUUGCCGCCUCGAUUAGACGCUUGACGGAGCUGACUGGACCACUCGCGCCGCUCAACGAUUCUCGCAACGCAAUAGCAUUCAUACCGGAACUGAGAAAGCUCAAAGCGACGCAAGAUGCUCUGUUCUCGGUUCUCGCAGCCUACACGGACGCUUUCCAUAUGGUUAUUUAUAUCAUGACGGGCUUGGCUGGGCUCGGUCUGCUUAUCUCUUUGCUCACGGAAGAGCUUGAGAUGCAAAAAGAAGAACUCGGGAGUCAGCGCUUCGAAGAGAGACCCUCAAGUUGA